AUGAGUACACCUAACACCCAUACUCCUGAGCAAAAGCAAGACUUGGAUGAACCUCAGUUGAAAACACAAGCCUUUCAUGAAACAGCACAAGCAGAAAAUACUCCUUCCCCCAAAAAUGUUUCAACCACCAGCUCAUUAGCUUCGUCUGCACCAUCUGCACCAUCUGCAGCAGCUACUUCUGGCACUUCAGUAACUACUUCAUCCGGAACUCAUGAUUAUAUGUACCUGUCGCAAAACUCAUAUACGGGAUCGCAAACUACCGGAACCACCAUUGCCCCUGGAAUAGACCCUGAGAUUGUUCGCGAAGAAGAAGAACAACAUGCUCGAAAUGUUGCCGAAGCUGUUGCCGAAGCGGAGGCAGAAGCUGCUGCCGCUGCUAAUUCUACUGCUACUGCUGAAAAUAAUAGUGCCACAGUUUCUGUUGCAGAAGUAGAAGCCGCUGCAGCUGCUGCCGCUGCUGUCGCAAUUGAUAUUGAUUCUGAAAAUAAUGGUCCACGAUCAGAUUUACGUGCUCUUCAGCUGGCAGCUUCUUUAUUGCAAGAAAAUAAAUCUGGUAGAACCGAUUCUGGUUCUCAAGCUAUUCGUUCUAGUAAUAAUGCUGCUACAGAAACCAAUGACAGCAACGAUAGUAAUGAAGUCAAUAACACCGCAACCACAAGUGCUCCUGCCUACGACGACUCGUCGGCAACUGCUGGCUCAGUUGUUGACUCCGCGCCAAAUUCAAACUCCAAUACUGUAGUUGAUGCUGCAGCAAAAGACCUACAGGCCCAGAUUGAAGAAAUUCUUGCUCGCAGUAACGGUACAAUGCCGUCAGCAAAUGAAAGUCCUCGGUCUUUUGAAAAAAAAAAUUUGGAUAAUUCUCAAGUUCAAGCUGCUUAUAAUAGAAUUUACGUUGAGCCUCUGAACAGACCACAACCGGCUUCUGGUUCACCAUCACAAUCACAGUCAAAUGUGGAUGCGCCAAGUAGUCCUGCUGAAACUGUUGAAGCUGCUGGCACUGCUCCUCCAGCCGAAGCUACUAAUGCAGCUGUUGCUUCUGGCACUUCUUCGAGCCCUCCUCCUAAUAACAAUCCUCCUAACAGCGGGCCUGAUGGACAGGGCUCAUUUUAUUAUGAUCCCUUUCGUCCUGCUGCUAAUGCCAAUGGAAAUUAUCUUAGUGCCGCUGAUGUUGCCGUUGUAGCGGCAGCAGCAACACUUGAUAAUGGUAUUCAGGAAUUUCCUCAAUUGCUUCCUACAGAUCCUGCUAAAAUUGCCGCUGAAUCAAUUGAGCAUACACCAGAAUCUUUGCAUCAUUAUUCUCAAAUAUCUCAUCAAUCAACUGAACAAGCUGGUCCUGGCCCAGUGACGCGGCAAAGACAACAAGAACAGGAACAGGAACAGCAGGAACAACAACAACAACAACAACAGAUCCAACAUGAACAACAACAGAUUCAACAUGACCAACAUGACCAACAUGACCAACAUGACCAACAUGAACAGCACGAACAACGUGAACUUGAAAAUGAUACAAGUGAUUCUGGUGCCGGGGUACUGAGUAUCACAUCGAGCACUGGUAAAAGACGUGCUCGUCAUAGAUGGACACCCCAAGAAACUGAAUAUCUUAUAGAGGGGUGCAAACAACACGGCGUAGGAAACUGGAAAAAGAUUGUCACCGAUCCUAAGUAUCAGUUCAAUGGUCGCACAGCUGUUGAUCUCAAGGAUAGAUUUCGAACGUCGUUCCCUGAAGAAUACUCACGAUUAUAUCCGAAUGCCAAAACUCAUAAAUCACAAAAAAAUCAACAACAGGGAGAAUCAUCAGAGCUGUUUAAAAUUACACGAAAAGAGCGAAAAAGUUUUACCCCAGAAGAAGAUCGUAACCUUCUUGAAGGCUACAAAAUCCACCAAGCUUCAUGGUCAAAAAUUCAGCGAGACAAAAAUUUCUGCCUAAUGGAUAGACGCUCAACAGAUCUUAGAGACAGAUUUAGAAAUGCCUUUCCUGCAAUUUACGCUGAUGCAGGCUUCAAAGGCCGAUCUUCCAAUGGUAUAAUGCUUCCUGAUGACCCCAAUGGGGAAGGCUAUUUGACCGCUGCUGCAAUUGAUCAAGCUAUUGCUACUGGCAUGACUCCUGCUGCUGCUGUAUCAAUGGCUGCUGCUGCUGUUGCUGCUACCUUGUCUUCUAGAUUUGGUCAGCAGAAUCGACCUCAACACCUAAUUCAGCUCGAACAAGAAUAUUUCAUGGACAGAUAUAAAAAAAUUAUUGAGAACCAACAGAGCAAUCAAAGUAACCAACAUCAUCAUCAGCAGCCACAGCAACAGCAGCCACAACCUCAUCAUUAUGAGUACGACGGAAUGGAAGUUAAUUCAAGUAAUGAAGUUCAACAAAGCACUGCUGCUCAUCUUUCACCCACCUUGAAAGCUGCUGCUGAGGCCUUUGUUCAUAGCAAUUUGAUGUCACACCGUGAAGAACAAGUCAGAAAUCAUUCCGAACAACCCAUUGAGCCUCAUCACCCGGAAAUUGAUGAUAGUCUCCAAAAAAGAGUGUCUGAUGAAGUGGGACCAAGUGGUAUUCCUGGUCCAUCUAGCGAUGCUGAAGCUGCUGCCACUGCAGUCGCAGCAGUCGCAGCGGCUGCAGAGCAGCAUCAGCUUCAGCAUUUACAACAUACCGUUCAUCACCAUCAGGAAGAAGAAGAAGAUGAUGGUGGGGCUACUCAAGAAGAAGUUAUGGCUUCAAUAAAAUUAGACGCAAUGGCGGCAAAUGGUGAGCUUGGGGAAGAAGAAAGAGACGUGGAUCCUGUUGUGGCAGUAGCAGCAGCUGAAUAUGAGCAAAUUCAAGAAACUCAACAACCGGAAGAAGAUGGAAGAAUUGAGCAUCAUCAAGUUCAUCACGAUGAAAUGGCAGGACCAGAAAAUGAGCUUGACCAUCACCAGCAUUCUGAGCACCCUGAAGAUCCUGAAUUACAGCACCAGGAACAAGAAAAUAUGGAGCAGCCUGACUCUUUAAAGCAAUCAGAGGAUAUUAAUCAAAACCAUCUGAUUGGUCAUGAAGCUGAUGAACCCCAAAUUACUGAUGAAAACACUGAAGAGCGCGAAAAGUAUUACGAUACACAUGAAGAAGCACAACAUCCCCAAGAAGCACAGGUUUCGCAGGGGCCUGUUGAAAGUGAGCAUGUUGAGGAUGAACAAGAUGCUCAAGCUGUUCAAAAUGCUGAGAAUUAUCAUGAGAAUGAAGAGUCCAUCAUCAAAGACUCGGCAGUUGCGGAGGAAACGGCCGGUACUCCUGGCACUUAUGAUCAAAUGGAAGAAGUGAAAACAAAUUAUCAUGGUGAAAACAAUGCGACAGAACAAGAGGGAACCAGUGCAAUUAUCAGAGCGAAUGCUGAAGAAGAUGAAGCUGAGGAGUCUAGCCGGAAGAAACGCCGAUUAUCAUAA